CGACGAAUGCCUGCUUGUUAUGGCGAAUACCUGUUUAGUAAAUGAAAAUAGAUCAAUUCAUUAUUGUUUGCAGCAUAUUUUUACCGUGCGUGUGCGUCUAAAAGACGAAACUAGCAGGUACACUGAUCAAAAUCGGAUAUAUUUCCUCAGUGGCAUAGAAAUUGAUGGAUUGAAUAAGAAUGGGAUGUGAUGAAGCGACACGCAAGAAUUUGACAUUUUCCUCUGUUUUCUUCUCCUUCACUCAGCGUUUUUGCGCGUCGUGAAUGGACAUUAUGGCAUCUCCUAAAAAAAUACAUGUCGUUGUCCGGAAUGCGCUUACCGGUGAUGUUCUGUCUCCUGUCGCAAGCGAUGAUGACAACCACGAUGAGACAGCUGGCGCACGCCGCUCCGGAAGUGUAGCUGGUCCAGGAAAGUUGGGUAGUGAUGAUGUUGAAGGACAUGAUUUUGUGCCGUUUUUUUGUAGCUUCGAGCCCCGCACCAUGUGCGUCCGCGAUCUCAAGCGCCUAGUGGCGAGAAAGCUGACAUCGCGACUGCGGGAAGAAGCCCAACCAGGUGUACCAGCAGACACGAUUCAUCACGAGAACGUAAUUCUUUUCGACGAACAUCACCCUGAGGAGGAGGAAAAUUCAAAGUCGGCAAAAAACACUGAGAGCGAGGAGGAUGUGCAUGUGCAAGGUGAAGAUACUGCAAUGACAAUGGAAGCGGAGGGAAACGGCGAGAGUGAUAAUUUUGUCUCGGAUCCGUUUGCCGAAGAUGUGAAAAUAUUCAUAGACGAUCGCUAUGCUUACCAGCAGGAAGCAAGCUCUGAAAAAGAUGUGGCAGAAUUGCGAUUGGAGAUCGAAGAGGAGAAUAUGCAAGAGCAAGCUAACCAGGACCGAGGAGUUCAACAUAAGAAUCCUAGACAAGAACACGUGGGAGCAAUUAUUUCGAUCGCCUACGCUGUUCGGACCUACAAGCCCUUCGAAUCCAAAACAGCGGUGAAAAUCGCUAUCGCCUGUCACGCAGUCGCGUCUUUGCUGGAUCCAAAAGAGAUCAACAAAUUGAGGGGUCGUUACGUAUUGCAUUUUUUUCAGGAGCUCGACGAGCUUCGCCGGAGACUUCAACCGCAUGCGGCACGCGCGUGGAGGAGUGUCAUAUUGGCUAACUACGGCCCAGUGCGAAUUUGGAAUCUUUCGCAAGUGGAGGAUCUGGCCUACCUCUGGGAGCACGCCCAAGAGCAGCGUGGCUACCAAAGAUUAUGGAACAUGGCAAAUGCCGAGCAAAGGGAAGCGCAUAAGGCAUGGUUUUUUCGUCCGCCACAAGACCGUGUCUGGAGCCUAUUAAACGAGAUUUUGCACGCGAACAGGACGGUAUUUGCGAAAGAAGACAUCAGUGCUUGGAACGUCUUCGGAGUAAAAAACUUAGCUUCGAUGUUCAGGCGCGUCGAGGAAUUCGAUGGUGAUCUUGUUAAGGUUUUUACUGAAGUAUCUCUAGCUGCAUCCCUGUCAGGUAUUCCAGCCGAAUACGAGAGAAAGGCACCUAGAAGAUGAAUUGAUUUUGGACAGCCCUAAUUUUGGUUGCUGGGACGUAUCGAGGGCCACCUCCAUGGCGUGGAUGUUCGCGGGUUCUGGCUUCCAAGGUCGCGGGCUCGAACACUGGGACGUGUCAAGUGUGAUCAAUAUGAGCUGCAUGUUCUUCGGCGCUAGCCGCAUCGCUGCGCCCGAUUUGGGUCGCUGGGACGUUUCCUCGGUGCGAGACAUGAGUCACAUGUUUCGCGGUGCCAGUAGGUUGACAAGAGCGGGCCUAAGUGCGUGGAAUGUCGCAAACGUCACAGACUUGACGCAAAUCUUCUGCGGAGCUAGUCGCUUUAACGAACCAAAUUUAGGGCAAUGGAAUGUCGCUACUGUGGAAAGAGUUCACAGGGCAUUCGAUGGUGCAGAAGAAUUCGCGCAGCCGCUGAACACGUGGGAUCUAUCAAAAGCAUUCGAGGUUUGGCUUAAUGAGGAAAGCACACAAGAUUUUCCACCCUUGUCUCUCUUCACUUUUGAUUCCUUUCUCGAAUCUCUUGAGUGGGGUCGCAGCAAAAAAAGCAUUUGCGAUUCUCCUCCUGAAUUCUGGCCGCGCGAUCCCACGAAGAAAACCAGAAAAGGCCACAUUGCACUGUCUCUCAUGUCCCGAGCCUCUGCUUCUAAAUCCUCUCCGCAUAAUGAGAUUGCUGAGUCGACGGAACGGCUUUCAGGACAUUCCCGCGAACCGCCCCCCUCGUGGCUGGAGACAGCGGCACCGCCUUGCUGCUGCGGUCGCAAGGCCGUUUGAUUGAUGUCUUCAUAUAUAUAAAAUAGAGAGGCAGCAGCUUGAGGUUGAUUUUCCUAUAAUAUGUUUGCUCUAGCAUGCGCACUGAUUUAAAUGUACGUGUACCUACUUUAUGCUCGUUUGUUUUCCUCCCACUUUUGUCAUGCUCCUAAAAACGUUACUCAGGUAGAGGCCUCGACACCCACCAAAACACGAAAGGGGCACCUCAAAUUGUGUCACUGACUUCUACCACAGCGCAGUUUGCUGCUGACCGUGGCACCUCUAUCACACUGUGAACAGAGGAAAACAGAACAAAAUAUCAGAAGCAUAGCCAUAGGAGUCCCGCAAUUUGAUCAUCUGGCAUUAUAGUUCUCC